AUGAGAUUAGACACUUGUAACUUUGGAUUUCUCUCCAAAUCCGACUGGCGUAUCUUAUAUGCCAUUGAAAGUGAAUCAAAAACGCAUGAAAUUGUGCCGAUUAAAUUGAUUUCUAAGCGGACAAAAUUGGAUCCCGUCUCUAUUGACCAAGCUUGUGCGCUUCUUAUGCGGUUUAAACUUUUAAGAAGAGAGGGCGAAGUUCAACAUGGUGGUGCGUCUCAAGAAAACUGCAACAUGACCGGGUCAACUAGUAGCUGCAUUGAUACCAAUAAAGAUCUGGCCUCUUCUCAACACAGAAGAAGGGGUCGAAAAGGGAUCCCUCUUGGAACCUUGGGAUACAUUUUGGGAUUUGGAGGCUUGGACUAUUUAGCUCUGCAUUUUUUCAAGCAAAAGAAUUCUCUUUCUUGCAUCUCAAACUCACGACUUGGUGUUGGAAAAGAGGCCGAUAUUCAUGUUGGCGAACGUCUAUCGCCCACUGACGGGGCCUUUCCAAAAGCAAUUGUUGUCAAGUUUCAUCGUCUGGGGCGAACGUCUUUUCGCUCAGUUCGAACCAAACGAGACUACCAUCUCGGAAAGGGGGCAAAUGCAUCUUCAUGGAUGCAUCUUUCCAUGCUUGCAGCUGCAAAAGAGUGGGCAUUCUUAAAGGCCCUUUAUCAGCUUGGCUUUUCAGUGCCCAUUCCCGUUGAUCACAACAGACAUGCAAUUGUAAUGGAAAGAAUCGAUGGACUUCCUUUAAACCAAGUUACGCAUCUAUUGGAUCCACAGAGACUUUAUCACGAGCUUGUUUCAAUGAUUGUGGCCAUUGCACGAUUGGGGCUGGUCCAUGGGGACUUUAACGAGUUUAAUGUUCUCGUCAGAAAUCGCGACGAAUCGCCUGUUCUUAUCGAUUUCCCCCAAAUGGUCUCAAUCAAGCAUCGGAACGCUGCAGAGGACAUAAGCUGCAUUAGGAAAUGGUUUAAAAGAAACUUUCCAACCGUUGAUCUGGACUUUACAUGCCAAGGUAAUGUGUCAAAAACAGUGGCACCCUCCUCCCUUUGUUCCCUUGAAUCUUCAGAUGAGCUGAAAGCAGAUGAUAUACGAGGAGAAGACUCCCAAGAAUCAAAGCACACUUUCGGUUCUCCACAUAAAGGCCAUGCUGAAAAUAAACUCGCCGAAGACAAUCACGAAGAGUGUCGGAUUUCUGAGGGCUGCUUUGCUGCCUUUGAUUCCAACCCUGACAGCGGCGAGCCUGAUGCUAGAGAUUUUGGCUCUAGUGGCUCGUGUGUCUCCGAAAAUGAUGAUAUCGACUAUGAUUCUGGUUACGAUUCCCCCAGGACCGGAUCAUGCACUUCGAGUCUUUUAGGAUCGUCUUCCGAUUCAGAGUCCGUCGAAUCACUAGCUGAAGAUCGCGAGUUUCCCCCCUAUCUUUCAAUGAUAAUCAAGGAAUUAGAAGAAACAGGUCAAUCCCCUCUCGAUGAAGUCUUAAAGGCUUCUGGAUAUACCCAUGGGCUUGAGGAAGAAUUGGACAAGUACUGGGGGUUUUUGGCUAUCCAAUAA